CACAGGCUCUGGAUUGGCGGUGGGGCGGGGCGGGCCUAGGUCUCCGGCCGGAAGCGGAAGUGGGAGAAAGAUGCAGGAGCAUCAGCACGUGCCCAUCGACAUCCAGACCAGCAAGCUGCUCGACUGGCUGGUGGACAGAAGGCACUGCAACCUGAAAUGGCAGAGCCUGGUCCUGACGAUCCGGGAGAAGAUCAAUGCCGCCAUCCAGGACAUGCCAGAGAACGAGGAGAUCGCCCAGCUGCUCUCGGGAUCCUACAUUCACUAUUUCCACUGUCUAAGAAUCGUGGAUCUUCUCAAAGGCACCGAGGCCUCCACAAAAAAUAUUUUUGGCCGGUACUCUUCACAGCGGAUGAAGGAUUGGCAGGAGAUCGUAGCCCUCUAUGAGAAAGACAACACCUACUUAGUGGAGCUCUCUAGCCUCCUGGUUCGGAAUGUCAACUACGAGAUCCCCUCACUGAAGAAGCAGAUCGCCAAGUGCCAGCAGCUGCAGCAGGAAUACAGCCGCAAGGAGGAGGAGGGCCAGGCGGGGGCCGCCGAGCUGCGGGAGCAGUUCCACCACUCGUGCAAGCUGUACGGCAUCACGGGAGACAAUGUGCGGAGAGAGCUGCUGGCCCUCGCGAAGGACCUGCCAGGGCAGCUGGCUGAGAUUGGGGCAGCGGCUCAGUCGCUGGGGCAAGCCAUUGACCUGUACCAGGCAUGCGUGGGCUUCGUGUGUGAAAGGUAAAGGGUGUCCCCAUCAGAGCAGGUGCUGCCGAUGCUGCGCCACGUGCAGGAGCGGGGGAACUCUACAGUGUACGAGUGGAGGACGGGGACGGAGCCCUCCGUGGUGGAGCGGCCGCGCCAGGAGGAGCCCGCCGAGCAGGUGGAAGAGGACGCGGUGAGACAAUCCGACUGGGGCGACUUCGGGGCGGAGCCAGUCCCCCAGGGCAUUGACUCCGGCAUCUCCACUGAGGCCGCUGGAAUCGACUGGGGCAUCUCCCUGGAGUCGGACCCAAAGGUGAGGGACGCCUCGACGCUGGGGGGUGACGGCAUCGACUGGGGAGACGAUGCCGCCGCCUUGCAGAUCACAGUGCUGGAAGCAGGAACCCAGGCUCCAGAAGGUGUUGCUCGGGGCCCGGACGCCCUGACACUGCUUGAGUACCCAGAGACCCGGAAUCAGUUCAUAGAUGAGCUCAUGGAGCUCGAGAUCUUCUUGUCCCAGAGAGCAGUGGAGAUGAGCGAGGAGGCGGACAUCCUGUCUGUGAGCCAGUUCCAGCUGGCUCCCGCCAUCCUGCAGGGCCAGACCAAAGAGCAGAUGGUGACCAUGGUGGCAACACUGCAGGAUCUGAUAGGCCGGCUCACCAACCUUCGAAUGCAGCACCUGUUUAUGAUCCUGGCCUCACCCAGGUAUGUGGACCGAGUGACCGAAUUCCUGCAGCAGAAGCUGAAGCAGUCCCAGCUGCUGGCAUUGAAGAAGGAGCUGAUGGUGGAGAAGCAGCGGGAGGCGCUGCAGGAGCAGGCGGCUCUGGAGCCCAAGCUGGACCUGCUGCUGGAGAAGACCAAGGAGCUGCAGAAGCUGAUUGAAGCCGACAUCUCCAAGAGGUACGGCGGGCGCCCUGUGAACCUGAUGGGCACCUCGCUGUGACGCCCCGCCUCCGCCCGCCCGUCUACCCAGGCUCCAGUGGUGUUGGGACAGCCAGGGCUGACGUUGCAAGGUCCUUCCGGGCUAGACAUCAGGCCCGGGGAGGACGGAAGGGCCCAACUGGUGGCCCGGCGCUCUGCCGGGAGCUGUCCUGAUUGGUCCUGAGCCCCAGCCUCCGACCACAGCUCCUCCUGCUGUUUGUCUAGUCGGACUUAAUAAAAGAGGACAGACGCUUCCCUACUGA